AUGGGUAUCAAGAUGGCAGAAUCAUCAUCAUCACCGGCUACUUCGCCUGCCAGGGACGAUGAUAUCGUACUUCCAGAUGCUCCUGCGAAUCACGCUACCAAUCCUCCUCAACCAGGCGUUGCACUCGAGGAUCUUUUCGGUGAAGACGAUGAAGCAUUGGAGGCCGAACUCGAGUUCACCAGUUCACAUGCACUACCUUCCUCACCUCCGCAGACAGCGCCAAACUCCUCCUCAGAAACGGUUGCAGACGCACAGCAAGAAUCCUACUCAGAUUCGGCCCUAAUGAAACAGUUCUACUCACGAUUCUUUCCCUUUCGAUCCCUCUUUCAGUGGCUCAAUCACUCACCAAGGCCUGGUCCGGACUUCAGUAACAGAGAGUUUGCUCUUACACUUCACAAUGAUGCCUACCUACGGUAUCAAUCAUAUCCCAAUUCUGACAUGUUGAGGAAAGAUAUAAUUCGACAGAAUCCUUCACGUUUCGAAAUCGGUCCGGUCUACACCACCAACCCAAGAGAUCGAAAGACUUUACGUAAGAGCUCAAUGUUUCGUCCACUGAGUAAAGAGAUUGUAUUCGAUAUUGAUCUGACGGAUUACGACGACAUUCGAAGUUGUUGCGAGAAGGCAAAUAUCUGCUCAAAGUGUUGGGCCUUUGCAACCAUGGCUAUCAAAGUAGUAGAUGUCGCUUUAAGAGACGACUUCGGCUUCGAACACAUCAUUUGGAUCUAUUCUGGAAGACGUGGUGUUCACGCAUGGAUCAGUGACAAAGAGGCCAGGGAACUUGACGACGACAAGCGGAAAGCGAUUACCGGGUACUUCGAAGUUUUAAAGGGAGGAGCGCAGAGUGGAAAACGAGUGAAUCUCAAGAGACCAUUACAUCCUCACAUCGUUCGAAGCCUCGAUAUACUGAAACCCUACUUUCAACAAGUUCUCGCAGACCAGGAGCCGUUCAUUUCUCAAGCUGGUCAGGCUCGACUUCUACAAUUGAUUCCCGACAAGUCUCUCACCGAUGCUUUGGCCAGGAAAUGGGCCAGUAGUCCAGAUCGCCCAAGUGCUCGCAAAUGGGCUGAUAUCGACUCGCUCGCAGCUACUGGUGUCAGUAAAAGUCUUGAUACCAAAGCCUUGAUGGAAGCGAAACAGGAUAUUCUCCUAGAAUACACCUAUCCCAGACUUGAUGUUGAGGUCGGGAAGAAACGCAUUCAUCUGUUGAAGAGUCCUUUUGUUGUGCAUCCUGGUACAGGCAGGGUCUGCGUACCGAUCACAGCUGGGGGUGAUAUGAAACGAGCAGACUCAUUUGAUCCGUUUACUGUUCCCAAAGUGACGGAUCUCUUCCGAGAGAUGGAUCAAUUCGCCAGCACUUCGGAGGGCCAGGAGCAACAUGAAAAUGGGUUCGUUGAGGAUGGUGUCACUAUGAGGAAGCUGAAUGACUGGGAGAAGACCAGCCUCAAGCCAUAUGUUGAAUUGUUUGAUGGCUUUGUCAAAACCCUACUGAAGAGUGAAAUGACGAGGGUGAAGCGAGAGAGAGACGAAGAUGGAGUAACGGGGACCGACGGAAUGGAGUUUUGA